AUGAAUCAUUCCCAUCAUGAUCACUCUCAGCAUCAUCAUGGGCCGGUUCCUGCUUCAAGUGCCGCUCAUGACCAUUCCGCACACAAUAUGCAAACCCAGGAAGGGCAUGGUAUGCAUUACAUGAAGAUGUACUUUCACUGCGGAGUAGAAGAAGUUAUUUUAUUCGAUUGGUGGAGAACGGAAUCAUUUUUUGGUAAGUGGAUUCUCUCUUAUUAUAGGUUAUAUGUUUAGGAAUGUUAUUCUCAUGUAUUGUGGUUUUUGUAAUGGCGGCGUUAUACGAAGGCGUCAAAUGGGUCCGAGUUUAUCUCCAAACAUAUGCUAGCAGUAAACGGAAGUGUAAACAUAUUAGAUUGGUGACGGAUCGUGCUGGAAAUAAUGACGCGUUGAUAGAGAAGUGUACGGAGAAUGCGGCGACUUUGAAGUCGGAUGACGUCUACAGGAGUACGGUGACCCGGGAAGCUGGGUCCAAAGCCAAGUAAGGUGAUAUAAGAUGAUCAUGUUUUUAGGGGAAUUGAGCGCAUAUUAAAGCAUAUCGACGUGAACAAUCCAUCCUUGUUGUCCCCCUAUCGUAUCCUCCAAACCACUUUAUACUGCAUUCAACUAACUCUUGCCUACUGGUUGAUGUUGAUCGCCAUGACAUACAACAUAUAUCUGACGUCAGUAGUGAUUCUUGGUGCUGGAUUUGGGCAUUGGAUGUUCGCUUUGCUGCAAAUCCAGCCAUCAUUGGCCGAGAAACAAGACGCCUUUGCAUCUGACGCUUGUCAUUGA